CAAAUCCCACCUGCGUUGGAUUCUCCUAAUUUAGGUGAACGCUGUGCUACCUCUUCUUGUCAUCUAAUGGUUAGCUAAAAUCCAUCUUCCAUCUUUCCUUCUCUGUUUCCUUGAAAACCUCUCCACCAUUCCACCUCAGUUUCUUGAGCAGUCAUGGCGGGUCCAUUCUUCUCUGCUACUUCAAAACCCUCUACCCUCUAUCAAUACUGGAAAAAAUCAAGCCUUUUUGGUUUGGCUUUAGUAACCGUCCUCUGUUCUCUGUCGUACCUUCUGGGUAUCUGGCAGAACAAUCGUGGAGGAUCCAUCCUUACCUCUCAUCUUGUCAAUUCCGUGCCCUGUACUGACAUUGAGAGAAGAACCCAGUUGCCCUCAAACCCCCAUGGUUUAGAUUUCUCGACUCAUCAUGCCGCUGAUGAUUCUCCGAUGACUAUGGUUACGAAACAUUAUCCUCCUUGCGAUAUCAAGUACAGCGAUUACACACCAUGUGAGGACCCUAAAAGAUCUUUGAAGUAUAAAAGGAAUAGGUUGAUUUACAGAGAAAGACACUGUCCGCAGAGAGGUGAAUUGCUUAAAUGUCGUGUGCCUGCGCCGUUUGGGUACAAGAAUCCGCUUCCAUGGCCGUCGAGUCGUGAUUAUGCGUGGUAUGCGAACGUACCCCACAAGCAUUUGACAGUGGAGAAGGCGGUUCAGAACUGGAUUCGAUUCGAAGGGGAUCGAUUCAAGUUUCCUGGUGGUGGUACCAUGUUCCCAAACGGUGCUGAUGCUUAUAUUGAUGAUAUCGGCAAGUUGAUUAAUCUCAAAGAUGGUUCUAUCAGAACUGCCAUUGAUACUGGUUGUGGGGUUGCGAGUUGGGGAGCUUACCUACCAUCACGUAACAUCUUAACAAUGUCGUUCGCACCAAGGGACACCCAUGAAGCUCAGGUGCAAUUCGCCCUCGAGCGAGGAGUUCCUGCGUUGAUCGGAGUAUUGGCUUCCAUUAGGCUUCCUUACCCAUCAAGGUCUUUCGACAUGGCUCACUGCUCUCGUUGCCUCAUUCCCUGGGGCCUAUUCGGUAUCCUACUCUCUUAAUGGA